UCUUCACGAUUAUCAUAUGAUAUAGUAUGCUACCUUAUUUUCUCCCUUACCAUGAAGUAUAAAUAGACUGACAUAAACUCUUUUUUUUUCACCUUAAUGGCGUCCCGGAAAUCAAUCGCAUUGCUCCUAAUGAGUUUGGGUCAUAGAGUAGCCCCUGAUCUUUUCUCUGAACCCCCCCAGAGAGCUGAACCUUGUUUGGCUUGCAAAAGGGAAAUUAUAAACUCACAUGCGAUGUUCCAAUGUGGACAUACUUUUCAUAUUAGUUGUUGCAAUGCAUCUUCAGUCCGCAAAGAACGAUGUCCAGAGUGCCGAAGCAAUGUUAUCAAACAGCUUGAAAAGCUCGGUUGGAAAAAUAUGAGUAGAGAAGAGAGAUUGUCAGCUUUUAUAUAUGAGGUGUCAACUGAAGUGAUGGAAAUUGAUAGCAAUUCAUCAGAAGUAAUCCCUCAGGACCAACCCUCAGUGAUUCUACGAAAAUUAUCUCAAAGAGUCGGCAAGGCCGAUUCCAAUGCCAUCUAUUGCUAUUACGAAUUUGGCUUAGCACUAACCCUUCGUCUCAAUGAAUUAAUAGGAAAAGGGAAGAAGAGGGCACAAAAUACAUUAAAUAAGGAGGUUCAGAGUUAUUUACCAGCUGGUACUUCUCUAGCCGUGGCAAAGGAUAAAAUUAAAAAGGCUAGAAAAAUGGUUAAACUUUUUAGUGAUAAUCCAUCUAGAAUUCAAUUUGUUCGUUCAUUUUCUGUAGACCAGCUCUCGACUUUUAACGAAGAUGAUAUCAACUUCAUAAAAUCAAAAUUACCAAAGCCUGGGACGCCAUGAAUAUGCGAAACACCUCGAGUGUUUUAUUAUGUUCUUUUAUGUCUUUUUUAUGUUUUUUUAUGUCUUUAUAUCUUUAUGUUGUACGUACAACGAUAUGUCAUAUUUCCCUUCAAUAGAAACUCUUAGCAU